AUAGAAAUGGCGGAGGGGGCAGCUCCCGGUGGGUUACUCCCACCAGUCCACGGAAAACCGCCGGCUUGGUCAGAGACUCGUCAGCCACUCUGUGACGCACUGGACUGGUUUCGUUGCACCCAAGGAGGUUCUUACCACCUCGAUGGCCUGACGUACGGCAUUUUCAUGGAUGCCGACAGUGGAUCAAAUGCCUACGUUGAUGAGGAGAUUGUCAUCACCCGAAUUGGUGGCGGUUGCGACAAAGCCCUAGACGGAACCCUGAUUCUCAAAAAAGACCGGACCCUGGAGGAAGCAAUUCCAAGAUGCUUGAAAGGAUCCAUGGACCAAAAUGAGGCCGUUGGUGUUAUCAUCGGAAACAGGAACACGGUUCUUGGAAGACAGCUUCCACACCGAUUCAAUGUCAUGGCAUGGUUCCGGGUUACAGAUAUCUGGUUUGAAAUGAUGGGUGACAAAAAGGGACUCAAAUGCCGGCUGCAAAAGCUGGAGCUUGGUGAAAAAAGCUGGUGGGCAGCCCUGGACUCACCCGACCCUGUACCUCUGAACCAGCGGAACUUCGGGAUCAAGCCUGAGUCUGUCGAGUGCCUCUCUUGCCACCAGGUGAGCCCCCGCAUUUACGACCAAGGCUGGAUGUGUCUGGAGCCCACCUGUAAUAUGUUCUGGAAGCUCAUUGACAAUGGAUCCGCUCCCAACAGCCUGAGCUUCCACUCUACCUUUUUGAGCUACCGCGUCAAUCAUACCACAAAUCCCGUCCCUCGAUACCCGCUUAAUCCAAAAUGGGACCGGGUUGUUGGCGCAUGGGCAAGAAACUCAGUUCGGGAAGCCUGGAGAGCCAUAAUCUGCCCAAAUUGCUCGAAGUGCAUCCCCCGUACUUACUGGAGAGGAUGGAAAUGCUCAGAAAGUUCUGGGGCUUGCGAUCUCUGCAAUUUUCAGGCCAUGGUGCUGCUUGACCCUGUUGAAAUUAACGAUGUGGCUAGGGUUAGUCUGAGACGAAAUAUCAGAUCCAAAGAAGGUUUGAUGGCCCCGGUGAUCAACAACACAUUCGCGGCCCCCUACAGGCAGCUCACAUACACCCUCCCUGGUGUCGGGUCCAUCACCCACUUCGUGGCCAACAAAGCCAUUGCAAGCCGCCGGAACGGCCCGGACUAUUUGUUCCAGAAGUUCCAAGAAACCGAUCUUGGUCUGAAGAGGUUUCCUCUGAAACUUUCACCUGGUAACCAAGAAGUUUCUGGAACGUUGAUGUGCCACUUUGCCGUGAACUAUGGAACGCCAUACAAAUACGUCGUCGACGUGGACUCCAAAGGGUUCAACGAAGCUACUGAGGAUGUUCUCCGAGCCUUUGGUCGUCUGGCAUGGGCCACCGAAAAGGCUGUCACUUAUGCCGGGGACGAUUACGAGAUGCCUAAUGAACUCUUGAUCCUGGGAUACUUUGAAAGUAUGAAGAUGGGUUUUCACGAUGAUGGGGAGGAAGGUCUUGGUCCGGACAUCGCCACACUUUCUCUCGGUGCCAAAUCAGAGAUGAAGAUCCGCAUGAAGAAACCAUGGUUUGACGGCUACAGACAGACCGGCAAGCCUAUUAAGGACGAUCCUGUCCUUGCAGGCUGCAAGUAUGAAGAGGAGCGUACUGCCUUGAAGGAGGACUACAAAGCUGGCAAUCUCUCAGAGGCUGCAUACGACGAGGCUCGUGUUACGGUUUUCAAGAAGAAGGAUAAGAAAAUAGACAGGCGCGUGCACGCACUUCCCAUUAUCAGCAUGACUCUAGAGCAUGGCGACAUGGUUGUCAUGCAUGGAAGGAAGUUACAGGACUAUUAUGAGGCAAGUACACUUCAUUCGGUGAUCCCCAACGGCACGAUGCGUUUUGCUCUCACGGCCCGAAACAUCACUCCUCGGGAGGGUACAGACAAUGGUGUCCGACAGGCAGAGGCUCGGAUCACAUCUGACCUGAAAUACGACGGACGCUGA